AUGAGCGCCUCGCAGUCGGCAGUCAUGAGUCACCGCGCGAGGCUGCUCCUUCUCGCUCUGGCCGCGUGCCUCAUGGCGCCCUCGUCCAGUCCAGCUCCAGAGGAGGACCUCAUCAGCCAGUUCUCCGUGCGUCUCUUCGCGCUGCUGGCGGAGGGCGAGCAGCACAACCUGGCGGUGUGCCCCCUGGCCGUGACCUCGGCGCUGGCCCUGCUGGCCCGAGGCGCCCGGGGGCGGGCGGCGGCGCAGCUGGAGGCGGCCCUGGGCCUGGGGGCGGGCGAGGCGGCGGCGGCGCUGGGCCGGCUCGUCGCCGACUACCAGGUGCCCGCCGCCAGCCAUCUCGCGCAGCUGACAGUCGCUCCGAGGGAGAGUGGACGAGAGUGUGUCAGUGCCUCGACUCAGAGCUCGUCCUGCCGACAGGAGGCGCCGCCUUCCACGGGGGCGAUCCUGGAGUUCGAGAACCGCGUCUUCGCCAGCGGCCAGCUGGAGCUGACGAGCGGCUUCAGGCGCGCGCUGGGUGCCUUGCGGGCCGGGGUGGACUCCGUGGACUCCGUGGACUCCGUGGACUCGGCCUUCGACCUCUGGGUCGCCGAGGCCACCCACGGCAGGAUCAGGCACCCCUCCGCUCAGGAGCCCGGCCUGACCCAUGGACUGGUCCUCGGCAGCGCCGUCUUCUUCGAGAGCAGCUGGGAGCAGGCCUUCCCGCGGGGGUCGACCACCCUCCGGGCCUUCAACAGCUCCUCGGGCGAGACGGCGCAGGUCGCCAUGGUCUGCGGCUCCCGCCGACUGCCCUUCGUCGAGCUGAGCGGUCUGCGCGCGAGGGCCGUGCGCAUCCCCUUCAAGGACAAGAGAUUUUCUCUGGCAUUGGUCGUACCCGAAGAGUCUGGCAAUUUGCCCGAACUUAUAUCCAGACUGAGACACGUUCACGUGGAAAAGAUCAUGUCUCAAGAGUCCUUAAAAAUGGUGCAAGUUGAAAUGCCUCGUCUUGAAAUCUCCAGUUACCACAACUUCAAAAAAACGCUAAUGAAGAUGAAGCUGGGUGAGUUGUUCGAGAAGCCCGACCUCAGCGGGGUGAGCAAGCAGCCAGUGAGAGUGACAGCGGUGCUGCAGAAGGUCCUUAUUGACAUCAACGAGAGUGCUGGGGAUGCCGCAGCGGUGGCAGGCGUGCAGAUGAAGAGAGAAACCGUCUCACGCUCGAGCGAGGCGCCGGAUGAGACGAUCACAGCCAACCGGCCGUUCGUGGCGAUGGUGUUGGACGAGAAGUGGAGGACACCACUCUUCAUGGCCGCCGUCAACAACCCAGCAGUCGUCCCCGAGUAUUAGUCGCCGCUGGAGCUCACGCAGCGAGCGUCUUCCACCCCCAACGAUCCGAAAUAAAAAAAAGGGGGUUGUCUGUAAAGUCGGUUUACGGACGAUAAUUUCACGUGAUAACGUCAUAAGAAAACAUCGAAGAAAAUUUGCAUACUUUUGACGUGAAAACGUCUAAUAAAUCAAAUGAACGCCGGCUGCACGCAAGAAAAUGGAUGACUCAUUGUCCCGUUACGCACAUUGUCCCGUUACGCUUUGUCCCAUUGUACGCUUGCGCCGCAUCUAUCUCUCUUCCACUCGAUUGGAACAACCAUCGAUUCGACUUUUUCGAGGCACAUUAAACUUGAAACACUCCCAUUUGUUUCCUAAUUUUUCCUAUCAUCGUCCUAUCCUUAACAGAAUAACACAGAUUGGAAGAAGUUAAAUCGCAAACAUGUACAAAAGUUAUAGUUAAAAUAAUCUCUUCGUUAAAGUAAUAAACAUAUUUGAAUUAAUGAGUGCACAUGAAAGUAAAUUUAUCAAUUAAAUUGUAGAUUUUAUUUCACUCCUUCUUUGUAUUCAUACAAAAUAGUGAUAAUUCAAUAAAAAUGAUUCAAUUUUAUUCAUACAAGUAUGCAAUCAUUUCAUAAAUGUUUUGUUAUGACGUUGUCACGAUAAACUAUCGUCCGUAAACCUACUUUACAGAAAACCAAUUUUUUAAUUUAAAUUAUUAUUUACAGUUUUUUUUGCAAAUUUAAUUUAAAUAAUUUGUUUAGAUAUAAUCACGAACAAUUAGUUAUAGAAAUAAAACUGAAAUCAAAUCAACGUCAAUAAAAUGUUAAUUUGAAAUGAUGAAACUGGACAAAUAAAUCAAUUUUUUUAAA